UCCACAGCAUAGUCAUUUAACUAUAAGCUUGGUCUGUGACUAAAUUUUCCUCUUUGCCAUCUGUGAAUUUAGUAGAUUGAGAUAUCAUAAUCAAUCGGCGUUCUUUACGUGGAUAGGCGGUGUUGGCGGAGUCUCGUCGCCAACAUGAAAUCUGUCAUUUCUCUAUUAUUGGUGUGCCUCUGUAUCAAUUUCAGUAUGGCUGGCAAAAUUAAGGAACUCAAGGACGAGUGGGACGUUCCAGAACACUACAAACGACCGGCAAAAAUUUUGCACAGAAUAUGUCUCGCAGAAUCUGGUGCUGACGAGGAGAUAAUUAAGCAGUGUAUGGACGGAACGUUGCACGAUCAACGGGAAGUCAAAUGCUAUAUCUACUGUCUCUUCCACAAAGUCGAUGUAAUCGACGAAGCUACCGGACGAAUUUUGUUGGAUCGUUUAGCUCCACUGGCCCCGAAUAGCGAUAUGCGGGAUGCAUUCGAGCAUCUUACUAGGGAAUGUGGACAUAUCGAAACGGAUGACCCUUGUGAUACGGCUUAUGAGGUUGCAAAAUGCUACUUUGCAGCCCACGAUGAAGUUAUGCGGUUCUGCCAUUUACUUAUGGCAGAUGUAACUAAUUAAAAGAUAAAUAAGCAACCCGAAUCGUUAUUAUGGACCCCAACGAUUAUUGAACUAUCUUCAAGCAACUGCAAUACUGAUUCCCACUAGUAUUAAAAGAGAAGCAAAACAAAACAUACGUGCAGGACAAUCUCGCAGAAAUCA